UGGGCCUUGCUCGCAAACAACUCCGCUCUCUCUCUCCUCGUUUCUGUUCUGGCGCGCGUGAGGCGCGCUUCGAGUACCAUCGCACCGUGAAAAAUCGCAUCGCGAGUUUAUGCCGUUUCGAGAAAUCGAUUUCAGGCACGGUGAUCUUAUUAAAAAAAAAAAAAAGAAAAGAAAAGAACAGAGUCCGGAAGAUUAUUAAUGUGCAAAAUUGAUAACUUUUUUGAGAUUAGCCAGCGGCUGCCCCGGCAAGAGAACGUGAAACCUAGUGAAACCUAUUCGUUCACGAGUGAUCGCGUACCUGUGUCGCAAAUAUGUCAGGACGUUAGUAAUAAGAACGAGUUUGCGCAAGCGACGAAUUCGGAAUCCGAGGUUCUUUCGAGGAGAAAGCGGACGGCUGAUCGAGUAUACUCGAUGAAUGUACGCCGCAACGCAGCUUUUCCUAUUUCUUUCCUAUUUAAUCUCUUUUAACUGCAAAAAAAGAGGAAGAUAAACAGAAUGAAAAAAUCAUUCCAAUUUUGCGAUUUAAUCUUAUUACAUUAAUUGUUAAUUAAUUUCGGUUAUCGGAAAAUUGUCACGCAAACUUUCGAAAGAGUUCGUAUCAAUGGGACGAUUUCUUAAUAUCAAUGUAUUAGAAAAGGCGAAUAAAAAAUUGAUCUUGUAAGAAAAAGAGAAAAUUAUCUGGAUCGUGAGGAAAAUAAAGAUUUAUUCGGAUCUCUUUCCUGCAAAAAAAGAUAGAGCCUUUAGCUGUUCCUUGUUGAUCUUUUCGCCGAAUUGAGUAAGAACGCAAGCAGAAGACUAACUUGAUGUCUUCGUAUCAACCUGAUGCGAUCUACCGUGGCACGAUGGAUUUCUAACUGUCCAUAAUAAUGAUGGACUUUUAAAGAGGUUUCCGGGAUUGUCCAGAGACGUGAGAUGAUCGGCAAACUUCUUCUGACUCUUUGGAUAUUACAAUGGAUCAGUUUUAUCGCGGGACAGUUCGCGUCCUUAGACGACAGCGCGGACGAAAAGAACGACGCGGAAAUUUUUCGCGCAGUCGUCGAAUCAAUGAGGCAAUGGAAGCUUCACAAGAUGUUCCAUCACAGAAAGAAGAGAGAAGUGUCUAAGGUAUGUUACGAGGAUAUCGGUUGUUUUGAGGAUACCGGGCCUUUCAGUUAUCUGGAAAUGCUACCGUCACCGCCGAAGGAGGUCGGAACUAGAUUCCUCAUAUACGGAACUAGAAGGGCAAGAUCGAUCCCUAUGGAAGUGCCUGCUGACGAUAUAAAUGACAAUACACAUCGUGCCAUAGAUCCCACUCUACCCACGAUAAUAAUCGUGCAUGGAUUCGGAAGUCAUUGCCAGCACUUGUGGGUAUAUGAUAUGAGAUCAGCGUUAAUGAGCAUUCACGACUGCAAUAUAGUUUGUGUGGAUUGGGGUCCUGGUAGCGCUGUACCCAAUUAUGUGAGGGCAGCGGCCAAUACAAGACUGGUGGGUCGACAAUUGGCAAAAUUAAUUCGCAACUUAAAUGUGCCGUUGGAAAAGGUGCAUUUGAUAGGAUUUAGUUUGGGCGCUCAUGUUGCGGGAUUCGCCGGUGCUGAGCUAGGGAAUGUGUCUAGAAUAACAGGAUUAGAUCCUGCAGGACCACUUUUCGAGUCGCAGGAUCCGAGGGUUCGUCUGGAUGCGACGGAUGCAAAUUUCGUAGAUGUUAUUCACAGCAACGGCGAGCAGCUCAUCUUGGGCGGGCUUGGUUCUUGGCAGCCCAUGGGCGACGUGGAUUAUUAUCCGAAUGGCGGAAAAGUGCAAAGUGGAUGCUCAAACAUCUUCCUUGGCGCUGUUUCUGACAUCAUCUGGUCGAGCGCGGUCGAAGGAAAAUCGCUGUGCAAUCAUCGACGAGCAUAUAAGUUUUUCACCGAUUCCGUUAGCCCGAAAUGCCAAUUUCCGGCCUUUUCCUGCAAUGAGGGCUAUGAAGGCCUGUUGAAGGGCGAAUGUUUUCCCUGCACCAAGAACAGCAUGAAUCGAUCAUGCGGCAACAUGGGUUAUUAUAGCAACGAAUCAUCCGCCAGAGGAAAGCUAUACUUGAUGACCCGAGAAGAAGAGCCCUUUUGUGCUCAUCAGUAUCAGAUCAAGGUAUAUAACAGUCGCAACGAAAGGUCUGUCAAGAGCUACGGCAAGCUUCAGGUCAUGCUUGUUGGAAAAGACUCUUACAACGACACGUUCGCAAUGACCCGCAAGGAUGAAGAACUUUUGGUAGGAUCCAUUUUACAGAAAAUCGUUGUGCCACAUCCUGCGGUCAUUAAUAUUGAAGCAAUCGAAAUCAAGUACACGGCAUAUAGCGGCUGGAUAUCGUCUGGCUUAGUCUCUUGGACCAUCGACAAGGUGGCUAUUAUUGACAGUUUCGGCAAGACUCUAUCGAUUUGUAAGAAGGGCUUGAUCCUGGAAUCUGAUCGUCCAAUCUAUCUCCCCCUUUACCCCGGCGAAUGCAACAUUCCUUUGGACACUGACAAUUCCACCGUGCCCUCGAUAUUGCCGCUCGAACGUGUAGCGAUUGAGGAGAAACAGCAGCAGCCGGGCAGCAUAGGACCUUUCACGAAAGAGCAGAAUUAUGAAACAAAGGAUUCCGGAUACUCUGUAGAGAUUCUUUCGAUGGACAGAAUGGCACAGAGAAAAAAUCUCGGUCCGUUUACAAAGGAACAGAAUCUACGCGUUGUCGAGGUCGAGACGAUGUCCUUCACAGAGGAUGCGGAGAAGCGGCGCAAUAUCGCGAGUCCGUGGACUAUGCUAGACAUAUCGAAUGACGGUGAUUCGAAUUCAUUAGAGAACGCUGAUUUAGAACACGGACGAAGCUUCUCUGGCGCCAACCUGAUUUAUCACACUUCGAUGGUGCAGCGUGCCGCUGAGACUAACAUCACCUCUUCCACCACCAGCAGCACCACGACUACUACGGAGUUCCUGCCGGAGAUUAGGGAACCGGUACUACGUCCGAGUAAGAAGGAAACCGGCCGGUCGCUGAAAUUGCCGGAGAUUAUGGAACCGAUCCUGCAUCCGCGCGCCACUAGACAGAACACGCGAAACGAAGCGGUGUUGCAACAGUACGAUAGUCAGCAUGAUGAGAUACAGGAAACAUCGUCCACCUCCACCAGGUCGUUCACCGUGCAAUUCUUGCCCGAAAGAAUUGCGAACAUCCUAGCGCAGGCCGAACGAUACGCUCGGCAGACCAUACUGCCUUUCAUCUCACAGUAUACGCCGAGUUUCAUGACUGGGAUACGAUCUCACGAAGAGCCCAAAUAUUUUCCCUUUCUUGGUGACAUAACGCAACCGAAGAAUAUCGAUACUUCCAUCGAGAUCGACAAGACAAUCGAUCAGCAACAGAAUAGUGAUCAACUCUCUCGAAGAGGCAUCAACUAUAAAUCCGGCGAGCCUUCGUUCAGCCUUGUCGAAGAUAGGAGGCGUCACGAGGAAUCCAAGUCGAGGUCGCAAAUGGAGAACGGCGAAAACGUAAGUAACGAGUAUAGCGUGUUGAAAGCCGAAGCGCCGCCGGUGAUAGUCGAGGCUGUGUAUCCGGAGAAAGUAGCGGACGCUAAUUUCACCGAUCCAUCGGAGACGAGAGCGACCGAGAUUCGUCGCGAGGACGGUGAUUGGCGGCCGAUCGAUGAGUCUGCGAUCUCCUCGAAAAAAAUUCCAUCGCGAAGAGACUCGAAUGUCUCGCGUUCGUUGGACUGGUCGAUGAGCCAUAGCCGUGACUGGACUUUCUCGGUGGACGCGAAUUCAAAAGCCAAUGUCAAACUUGACGACGAUUGGAUACCGAUCACAUUCAAAAAUAACGCUGAAGAGUCGACGACUGCGCGAGGAACAACGUUAAAUGAAGAAACAGCGAAGGAAAGUGAUGCCAUCGAUAAUUCGCGGAAAUCUAUCCAAGAUAUAAUGUCUAACGAGACCACGACUGUCGCGAGCACAUACGAGAGAAAAUUUAUACCUCUGCUUGAUUUCGAGGAGACGACUAGUAGUUUGUUCUCGUCGACGAAUUCCAACGAUAUUCCGGAGCCCACGACAAUUGCUUCGCACAUUCAGAAAAUUCCAAGACACAAAACAAGUCUGAAGAGUGUCAAGAUGAUGACGAAAUCCACGAUGAUGUUCCCGUACGUGUACGAGCGAAGAAAUGAUCCUAGGACGAGAUAUAUACCGCUGAUCCCGGAAGAAGAUAUGGGCAAGCCUUAUCCGUACAUGGAAAGAGAUCGUUAAUAUUAUAUAAGCGAUGCAAACUCAUUGAAAAAUAAAACUCGAAAGAUUUUUCAAUGACAAAAGUUCGCAAAAAAUGGGUUUUUCAGUUUAUCUUCUAACGUGUUAUUUGAUAUUAUUCCGAUAAUUUCUUGUUUCUUUUCGAUAAAUUAAAUAAUUUUGCAUUAAUUUUAUUAAAUUGUUCCGUCAUUGCUUAUUAUAUAAAUAAGAAUAUAACCAUAAAAAAUUUAAGAGCUUGCUGGCGCUCAUCGAAGAACGAAAAAUUAUUUUUGGCGUUAUUUUAAUCAGAUGAGAAUAUUCGCAUGUAUAAUAUUUCUAUAGUAUCUUUUAAAAUGAAUACCAUGCGUUGCUUCUUUGUGAACAGAAUCGUGAAUGCAUGCUGUUAUUUUCAAAUAAAAUAAGUAGAUUUUG